GUUGAUGCUACCAGACCGGGGAGCCACCACGACGACUAAACGCCCUGACUCAUUUUGCACCGGGAUUUUCUUUCAUUCGAGGGGACAUUUGGACAGUGGUCUUUCUCUAGUCCGGUUUGGUUGACGCGUUGACGCGUUGGAAAGAGAGGGAGGCGCUGGCAGCGGAGCGGAGCGACCACCGAGUUCUUCUAACCCAGUCUCACCCCCUCCCUAACAACAUGCUUUUCGCCAGACUGCGGGUCCGAGUCGACGCUCAGCGUGGCCGUUUCUCUGCGAGCAGCUGAGAGCAAGGGGAGCAAUCGUGGCAGUUUGGGGAACUUUUAGUAGCAAAAAAAGCAGCAGCACUGGUAGCAUCUCCACCUCCUGUUUCACACUUCUGUAUUCAUCUGAGCUCACAAUGAGUUAGAGGGCAUCAUUGACCAUUGCCACAGCUGCCUUCCGAACUCACCAUCUGGAGCACCUUGUCUGGAGACGAAAGCGUCACUUGCCCUGCUUCAUGAGCCAGCAGGAUGCAGCUGAGGUCCUCGCACUCUCUGAGCGCCUCCUCAUAGCUUCACACAAGGGACAAGCUGACAAUGUGGUCCAGCUUAUCAACAGAGGGGCAAAAGUAGCAGUCACCAAGUAUGGCAGAAGCCCCCUGCACUUGGCUGCUUACAAAGGCCACAUUGAGGUUGUGCGUAUCCUGCUCAAAGCUGGCUGUGACCUGGACAUUCAGGACGACGGGGAGCAGACGGCAUUGCACCGGGCUGCUGUGGUUGGAAAUGGCGACGUUAUCAGUGCACUCAUCCAGGAAGGGUGCGCACUGGACAGACAGGACAAGGAUGGCAACACUGCUCUCCAUGAGGUGUCCUGGCAUGGUUUCAGUCAGUCUGUCAAACUACUGGUGAAGGCUGGAGCCAAUGUUCACGCCAAAAACAAGGCAGGUAACACAGCUCUCCACCUUGCGUGUCAGAAUGGUCACACCCAGAGCUCCAAGGUUCUUCUCCUGGGAGGAUCCAGGCCAGACAGCAAGAACAAUGCAGGGGAUACGUGUCUGCAUGUAGCAGCUCGCUACAACCAUGUGGCUAUGAUCCGCAUCCUACUGGGAGCCUUUUGCUCUGUGUCAGAGAAGAACCAGGCUGGGGACACUCCGCUACACGUUGCAGCUAGUCUGAAUCAUAAGAAGACUGUACGUUUGCUGCUGGAGGCUGGGGCAGAUGGUCACAUCUGCAACAAUACUGGUCAAACAGCUUUGGACCUUGCCAGAGAACACAACAACCCAGAUGUGGCUCUUCUUCUGACUAAAGCUCCCCAGGUGCAGAGUUUUGUACGUGGAAGGAAUGUGAGGAAGAGGAGAGACAAGUUGAAGGCAGAGGGUAGAGCUCAGUCUGUGCCCAGAGAUGAGAUGUUACCCUGUAAGGAAAGUGCAUCUGCUGCUGAUGACACGCAAAGCAGUGACCAAGCUGCUUGCAAACGCAAUGAGGUGACAGAGUCAAAAACUAGAAGGGGAAAGAACAGGAAAGACAAAGAAAAACCCUCUUUGUCAGACCCCCUCUGCUGCAGGGAGACCAGACACAGUGAAGCCUUCCACAGGAGGAAAGGUAAACUGCAUGGAGCCUCCCCUCAUGGAUCCAUCCCUCCUCACAACUAUAAAGCCUAUCAGCUCUACACACUUUACCGUGGCAAGGAUGGCAAGAUCAUGCAGGCUCCUUUAAAUGGCUGCCGCUGUGAGCCUCUCAUCAAUAAACUGGAAAACCAGCUGGAAGCUACAAAGGAGGAGAUGAAGACAGAGAUCCAUACAGUCCAAGAUCUAAUGAACAGCAAGAUGGGGCAGCUGGAUCGCAAGAACAAACACCAGAUCCGGGCUCUUGACAAGAUGACGUUGGAGAGAGUGUCAGCAGAGAAGAGCGAGUGUCUGCAGAGGAUUGAGCAGCGGGCCCUGCAGGAGCGGCAGGAGGCAGAGAAACGACAGGCAUCUCUAGUCAGCGAGCUGAAGAACUGGUGUCUUUCCAAACUGCAGAACAUGGAGGUUCGCUUCACGGGGGACCCCGGUGGCACCAAGCUACAGCACUCUUCCUCCACGGUCAUGGGUCUGAAUGAAGCAGAGGGGGCUGACCUCACUGUGCUGCCUGCUGGACAGGAGGGCGCCUUCCAGUGCCUGGAGCUCCAUGACAGCCCUGCACUACUGGAGCCCAUCCAGGCAGAAGCUAGCAUGGCGGAGGCCACAUCGGCCAACCACUACUUUGUGGUUCAUGUAGAGAGCUCUCCAGAUGGUGAUAAGGCUCAUAAUGCAGAUGUCAGCUCUCCUGCAGCAGUGAAGAGCCCGCUGUCAUCUGUUCAGGUGGUCCGGCCGAAGGAGCGCCCAGUGAUCUGCGCUAACACCCAGAGGAAUAUGGACACAGAUGGGUAUGAAGCAAGUGGGAGAAGCCGCCACAGAGCCAGUAGCCUGUCUCCGGCCACAGAGCGCUGUAUCAGCAGGACCGAUAGAGGCCUCAGAGACAGAGAGCGUGGCCGCGACAGAGGCAAACACCAUAAGAAGCAUUCUCAGGGCAGGACUAAGUCCAGAGGGGCGGCUACAGGGAGCACAACACUAGAAGUCUUUGGAGACCAGGCCAGCGGGCCGUCCUUUGCCAGCGAGCCGUCCUUUGCCAAGGAGCGGGACAACAUGCACGCCCUGGAGGUUACCCAGUACUUCUUUGAGACGGUGUCCACCCAGAUGGAACGCUGGUAUGAGAGGAAGGUACAGGAGGCUCGCUGGCAGGCCGAUCAGAGGUCUCAGGCUGAUAGAGCUGCUCUGAUUGAGAGGAUCACCUACUUGGAGGAUGAACUGCGGAUGCUGAGGACUAACAGACAUGAUGACUGCACCCUCUGAAUCAUACCACAAUGGAAUACACAUGCUCCUAUUUUACAGUUUUUUUCAAAUAAAUCAUCCACAUUUUCUGUCCUGAUGGUUGUCAUGGUAGCACUGGCCUGGUAUGUUGACAUGUGUACAUAGAGUUUUUUAGUAACAAAGGCAGCUCUCCGGCACUACGUUGUAAAUAAACCUAGGAAUGUAAAGCUAGAGGUGUGAUUUAAAGGAUACACCAUCACGCAUUAAUAGUGAAGUGUAAACUAACCAGACCCUAAAUAUUAACCCCAUGAGCUAUGUCUUUCAUAAAUACUGUGAGUACACUGUAGAUUAUAAUGACAGCUGUCCAAUGGAGAGGAUCACAGCAUAAUAAGCUCUGUGUUGGUAUCUGUAUGCUGGAAUCAGCCCUGUGGGGAACAAGCUUAACUAACACUGUAUGUGAAACCCUGCUGAAGGAUUUUAUUUGACUGCUGAUGUUUCUGAAUGGUAUAUAUGUACGGAUGCGGAAUUAUGCACAGCUCCAAUAAUCAGACUUGUACAAUGUUUAAAUAUAUUUUUUUCAUUAAAAUUUUUUAAAUGUU